AUGGGCGAAGAUUACAAUGGAGGUGAGUAAUAUGAGAAUCUUUUUAGAGAUCUUCGUCAAGUAUACUGUGCUUUUCGUCAUUGUUCCCGCGUUACAGUCAGGUAAAUAAGUCGGGUGAUCGUAAUGGCCGAAGAUCUCGUAAGAAUAGUAAACAUAUCUUGAAGCGUUUUCAUUCAAUAUUCCGCUUAAAAGAACCUCAAUUAUCAAACGUUCAUUUAAUUUCAUUGUGGAUAGAAUAACAAUCAAGUAUUUUUUGCAAAAUCGCGUGAGUUUAUCAGUAACCUGAAAAUAAGCAUCCACGAAGAUCAUUCUUAUGGGUACAUUUUUCAUUAUAUGUGACAUUGUGUUACUUUAAUAAUUAUACAUUAUUUCGUACAUUGCUUAUUUUUUUUUUUGCAUUAGGAAAAUAAUUAAUUUUUAGAAUUGAAAUUUUGAUCAUUAAGAUGUAGUUAAUAAUCAUAUAUAACAUAUAUAUGUAUAUUAUACAUUAAAUAUGCAGAUAAUAAUUCACAUACAUACACAUAUUUUCUACUUUUCGGAUAAUUUGUAAGUGAAUUUGCAAGAAAAAAAAAGUUAUAUAAAGUUUGUAAAAGUUAUAUAAAGUUAUUUGUUUGUAAUUGCUUUGCUAUAGAUAAAUAUUAAAUGUACAUGAAUAUGUCUAUAUGAACAAAUAUUCCUUGAUGUGUUAGGAUUGUUGAAAAUGUCUUUUCAAAAAUCCUUUCAAAAUGACUCAAUAAAUUCCAUAUUGAUACAAGCUGGUCAAUAUGAAAUUUAUUUCAUUCUGAGCUUCUUGAGAAUUUUUCUUCAUUUCAGCAAUUGAAUUUAUUAAUUCUUAUGUAUAUCUGUAUUGUAUAUUAUGUAUAUCUGUAUGUAUAUUAUAUUUAUAUCUAUAUUGUAUAUUUUUUGUUUUUUGUUCCCUUUAAGUAGAAAUCAAAUGUAAAACUUCAAAUCUGCUGUUAAAGAACAGAUGAUGAUCAAUAUUUGUCUAUAAAAUAUUAAAUAAAAUAAUAAAAAAAAAAUACAUUAAAGAAUUUUAGAAGAUUCAUAUUUUAUACAUUAAUGAUUAUAUAAAUAGCUUUUAGUAUUUAUAAUGACAAUUUGAAGUCAAUAUUUAUAUGUAUUUAUGUACAUCUAAAUUUUAGAUCGAGACCGCCAGGACCGUGAGAAAGAUAGGGACAGGGAUAGAGAUCGUGAUAGAAGACACAGAUCUCGUAGUAGAGAUCGUAGAAAACGUUCUCGCUCACGUUCUAAAGAUAGAAGAGAUAGAAAAAGAAGUAGCUCACCUAAAAAAAGUCGCAGUUCUAGAAGGAGAAAACCAUCUCUUUAUUGGGAUGUUCCACCACCUGGAUUUGAACAUAUUACUCCUUUGCAGUAUAAAGCUAUGCAAGCUGCAGGACAAAUACCUGCAAAUAUUGUGGCAGAUACACCACAAGCGGCUGUACCAGUUGUUGGUAGUACAAUAACCCGCCAAGCAAGGAGAUUGUAUGUAGGGAACAUUCCAUUUGGCGUGACUGAAGAAGAAAUGAUGGAGUUCUUUAAUCAACAAAUGCAUCUAUCUGGUCUUGCUCAAGCUGCUGGAAAUCCAGUAUUAGCGUGUCAGAUCAAUUUAGAUAAAAACUUUGCUUUCUUAGAGUUCCGUUCGAUAGAUGAAACAACACAGGCUAUGGCAUUUGAUGGUAUUAAUUUCAAAGGGCAAAGUUUAAAAAUAAGAAGACCACAUGAUUAUCAACCAAUGCCAGGAAUGACUGAUAAUCCAAGUAUGAACGUGCCAGGUACGGUUCCCGGUGAAGGAGUUACUGAUGAGCUUUGGACAAUUGAGAGCAUUCAAUCUAGUAAAGGAUUCAGCUACAGGCCUAUCCAAGGGUUAUGCAUUCUGCGAGUAUGUUGACGUGUCAAUGACUGACCAAGCGAUUGCUGGAUUAAAUGGAAUGCAAUUGGGAGAUAAGAAGCUAAUCGUUCAACGGGCUAGCGUUGGUGCCAAGAACCCUAUGAUUGGUGCACAAGCUCCUGUUCAAAUUCAGGUGCCUGGAUUAUCAAUGGUGGGCACAAGUGGACCAGCUACUGAGGUUCUCUGCUUGCUAAAUAUGGUAACUCCUGAAGAAUUAAUGGAAGAGGAGGAAUAUGAAGAUAUUUUAGAAGACAUCAAAGAAGAGUGUAAUAAAUAUGGUGUGGUUCGAUCUGUGGAAAUACCCAGACCCAUAGAAGGUGUCGAUGUACCCGGAUGUGGGAAAGUAUUUGUCGAAUUUAAUAGUGUGAUUGACUGUCAGAAAGCGCAGCAGACUCUUACAGGACGAAAAUUUAAUAAUCGGGUUGUUGUAACAUCAUAUUUUGACCCUGAUAAGUAUCAUCGCAGAGAAUUUUAAAAUAUAGAUUUUCUUUUUUUCAUAUCGAUUAAUAAUUGCCUCCAGUGUAUAAUAAUCAAAUAUGAAUAAUCUUGUCAACAAAUCUAAAAAUGAUCAAUUCUCUUCUAUCAGAAUGUAAAAAAUGAAAUGUAAUUGAUUUUCGAUCAUACUGUGCAUUAAAUGAUAAUUGUUGUAAUUUCAAUAACAUAACCAUAUAUAAAUAAACUAUAAUUUAUAAAAUUGCUAAUAAGAAAAAAAAAUGGUACGAAGGUAAUCGUACAAAUAGGGACAUCAUUUUUUUCGUUAAUCAGUAGUAUGGUGAAGUAAUAAACUAUUGUUAAAGGCAGAAUUAUAUGAAAAUAAAUAAUAAAUUGUCACACUAUGUGUGUGCGUUUAUAUAAAAUUUUCUCUAUAAAAGUUUUUUAAUAUGAUUUAUAUUUAUAAUAAAUUUUAUGGAUAUUUGAUAUUUAAGCUUUAAUUUAAACUGAAGUUUUGAUAUCUAAACUAGCGUCAGUUUGCAAUGCAGGUUGAUACGAUGCAUGGCUUUCUCCAGUAUCAGCAUUAUCAACUACAAAUUUUUGUAAUAGAGUAUAGAGCCCACCGCCAGCAAGUAGCAUACUAAUUCCUAUCAAAACUACUAUGGACCAUGCUGGUAUUGCGGUACCCCCUAAAAAUUUAAUAUAUUUAAUUAUUAUACGUGUUAUCUUUUUUUUAUUUUUAUACUUUUUACUUACAGUAAUAACGUCUAGUAAUUGUUUUUCGACCUUUCAAAAUUUUACGUCUCGCUUCAACUCCAUCCAUGAAAACUCCCAUGAUUACUAUAUUUGAAAUUAAUAAAUUAUAAAAAAUCGUGAUACGUGACUAUUUGAUUACGGCAUAUUUGUUGAAAAUUACGUUUUCAAUAAUGUGCGAUAAUAUAUUUAAUUUAUACUUUUCAUUUAUUUCAAUUUUGCAUUUUUUGUAUACAAUGAUUUAAAACUAAAAAUUUUGCACAUUUUGUAAAUAUGUACACUGUUAGUAAUAUUAUCAAGAUAAAAUUUUGGAAUUGAUAUAAUUUGCAAAGUUUAAUUAAAAUUUUAAGAAUCACUAUUAUUCUUGGAUUUUCUUCAAUCAGUAAUAAAGAGAAUAGUUGACGCUAUAAUUGAUAUAUAAUUUAAUGUAUACUUACGUAAGCCAAUAGCAAUAUAACACAAUAACUUUUUGGAACACAUUUUUUAUUUUACCAGAGUUAUACGUUAGAGAGUAUAUAAUUAAAAAACACCUGUAGAUGAAAUAAAUACGUGAAUAAUGCUCGAGUCGCGUUAGACGUGAGGAUAUGGUUACGAAUGUGUGAAUCAGCGCUUUGAUAAGAUACUUGAUAACAAAUGGAAACUCAUCUUAUCUUGUUUUUUCAAAAGAUAAAAAAAAAUUUUUUAUAUGGACACACAUGAAAGCACUAAACAAAUUAUCUUUGUUAAUUGGUAUUUUCAUUUUAUCAAUUAUUUGUUUAUGAGCAGUGUAUGAAGUAUCAUAUACUGAGCAAGUAUUAAACAAGUAACUUAAUUAUUUCAGUGUUAAAUAUUUAGUAUCUCUUUAAAUCUAAUUAAAAUUUACUUAAUUCCUUUUUUAUGAACGUAGGUAAAAAAAUAAAGAAAAGUAAAUCAUACAUAAUUAUUUAAAUAAAUAUGAAAAACAACUUGGUUUAAAUAAUAUAAAUUUAUAUAAGUAUAAUAACGUAUAUACAAGUUUGUAUAAAAUACUUCAUCCGAAUUGUACACUACUGAUUUAAGACAAUUUAAUAUUAAAAUUCUAUUUUUUUGUGUAUUUUACUUGACAUUGAAUAAUCGUCUAAAGAAAUGUGGAAAUCCAUAAUGUAGUUGGAAUUUGACGGUUCGGAUAUAAAGCAGAUUAUCGGGAGUGCAGGUCGAAGAUUCAGGUGAGUAUGGGUAGGAUCUAUAUGAAACAGAAAAGAUUUAUAGUCAAUUAAUAUUUUUUAAUCGCUCAUACUGAUUUUUUAUUAAAUAAAAAUCAAGGAAACCAAGUUACAAGUGACAACUCAUUACAUAAUCGUUGUAAUAUUAGAUCGGUCGAUACCAACGAGAAAGGAUCCUCAAUUAAAUAUCAAAUGAAAUAUCCCUUUCUAACACACGAAAAAAAUGUAGUUAUUUCAAUAAAAAAAUUUAAUUUAAUAUUUUAUUUAAUUGGUCACUAAUCCUUUGAAAUAUUUUUAUUUGAAUUAAAUAUACAAAUAUAUUUUAAGUAACCUUUAAAAUAGCUGCUACGUAUACUUACAAACUAAUAUCGUAAAAUAAAUCGAUGGCUUAGUAUGCUUCAAGUAAUGUUUCAAAGGAUUAUGCGAAUCAAUUAAAAAAGCAGCAUUUAAAAUGUUGAUAUCGAUGUUUUGUAUUCUGACUCAAAUAAUUAUUAAUAAAUAUAUUGCAUCUGUUGUUUUUUUUUCAUACAACAUUAAAGUAAUUUACGGCGAAAAUAAAGCUCUAUGCAACUUACGAAUAUAAUUACCAUCAUAAUGUAAAUAGAAAUAGCUGGCACAUAUACAAGGCUUUCCAAAACAUCACGUUUCACAAUAACAAGCUCUUCUCUGCCUUAAACGGCAAUACUCGCAUUGUUUCUUCCCCUCUUCAUCUAGUUUAACUAUCAUUUUUAUUUAAUACAUUCUCUCUUUCUCCUUUUCUUUUUUUUCCUAGAAACUGUAGUUUCCCUGGUAUAAUUGCGAUUUUUUCCCUUUCAUUUUUUUUGUUUAUGUAUUCAGCACCAUAUGA